GAUGCGCCGCGCUAAUCCCGCCGUGCAGAGCGCCAACUGGUGCGGUUCCGUCGCCCACCCGCCGUCCACCGACAAGAUCAAGAACAUGCACGGCUGGUUCCAGCACCCAUCCUGCUCUUCCCGCCCCGGCGUCGCUAGCUACCCCCAGGCCGCCGCGGCUUGGGUCGGCAUUGAUGGCGACUUGUGGACGUCGGCCCUCUUCCAGUCGGGCACCGUUUGCAAGAUUGACAACUCGACGGGUGUAGUAAGAAACGAAGCUUGGUGGCAAUGGUAUCCCUCAGGCGCAUAUACGAUCUCGUCCAUGCCGGGUGAGUUAGACUGUCAGAUAGACUGAUAUUUCCCGUUAUUUUACCCUCGACAAUAAUCAAAGAAGGGUCCCGUCUAAUAGCAAGCGCGUCUUCUUUGUGUGGAUAUCAGUGGCAGCAGGCGACUGGUUCGAAGUCACACUCAACAGACGCUUGUCAGCGGCGCGUCGCUGGGCAUCCUGGGCGCGAACCAGCUACAGAUCGCCGGCGCGUGCUCGUCGGCUGAGUUUGAUGACUCGGAGAUGGAGGCCUGGUCGACAUAGGAUGGGGGGUGGCUAGGCGGGUGUUGUUUGGCGGAGCAUGGAAAUUUCGUCUUCUUUUGUUUGUGAACUGGACGAGUGGGCGAGAUGGCUACGUG